AUGAAUGACCGUGACCUCCCCGAUGUGAUCGAAUCCUCGUCGACUUCAUCGCUGCCCCAUCCGCCUGUCGAAUCUAUUCAAAAGUCAGUGACGUUCGCGGGAAUACCGUCUGCAGACGAUGCACCAGGCCCACCUCAAACGCGAGAUAUGGGUGUCUCGGGGGCUCGUCGGGCUCGCUCUCUUGCUGUCGUCGGCACUGGCUCCAUCCCGUCCAACAGCAACAGCUCCAUCUCCAGCUCGACCCAUCCGCUGGAGCCGACGCCGCCCUUCGUUGCUGGCGCAUCGAUUUCACUGUCCCCACGCUCCUCGCUCACGAGUGGGUUGGCCGCCGGCUCGACAGAGGCAUCCGAUUCAAACACCACCAGGCCCCGCCCGCCGCCCAUCAUCACCUCGCACAAAGCCCAGCACACGCCCCAUGUCACCAAGAGUCUCACAUCGCCCUCCAUUCUCGAGUCAAAAGUACCACUCGACUUUCUGCCUUCGUCGAGCUCAGAUGCUAAACUCGCCAGUCCCUCGACUUUAUCUCCAUCGGUACCCGUGUUGGCAGCUUCGGACCAGCAGCUGUCCGCUCGGAUUUCUGUGAGCGAAGCACCGAAGCAGAUUCCGGACUCGGUUUCGGCAGGCUCGCUUGCACCGGCUUCAGGUACCUUCUCGGCCCUCUCUGUCCCAACAAGCCCAGUAACAUCCGUGUCCAACCCAACGUUAGGGACACCUGGCCCAUCUCCAAUCGACAAACCGUUGUCAGCCUCGCAUGAGCCCCUCCCAAGUCCCACACAGUUCACACGUUCGUUCUCCAUGGCAGCUCCAAGCACCAAACCCAAAGAGCCACAGGCUCCGCCAGAGUCCGAGCCUGACAAAGCGUCGACACCAAUACCAAAAACGCCACGCAUGACCGGAUCACGGAAACCAAGUCUCAUCGGCAUCGUCGAUAUGAUAUCCUCGAGAUCACCUUCGGUCACCGGCCACUCCCCAUCCCGCAACUCGUCCGUCAGCCGGUCGACAACGGAGCCUCCGGCCCACUACGGAGUCUCCGAUGGCUUCAUGGCCAUCGUCAAGGCCUCGAAAAUCAUGAACACCCCCACGACGCCCGACACAGCCGUUGUGAAAGCCCAGUUUUACGACCAGGUGCUGGUGGCAUCGGAGAACAUGGACGAGCUCCAGGCGUGGGCGCACGUUACCAGCAACUUUGACAUGUCAACGCUACAAAAGAAAGACGAGCGACCGCCUGAUCUUGCCUUUGUUGAUUUCCGGACCCGCUCUCGCGAGGCUUCAGCCUCGGCCCACCAAAGCGGAACAUCUUCUUUCUCAGAGACAAUGCGCUCCUCCCGAUAUGGAGACCGAUCUCUGGUCACCUCGGCGAUCGCCGAACAUGAUGGCGAGCCACACAGCCCAAACGCAAGCCCACAUCACCCACGCCCUAGCACCGCCAGUCGCCAGGGCUCCACAAGUCCCAUUACCCAGAAGCGCGGCUUAUCGCAACGACCAAGUUUCUCCAGCGUUCUUGUCGAUGGGAUCCUCAAAGACUCUUCAGUGUCGGAGCCGGUUGGAGACACAGCCGGACGAAACCCAGAGUCCCGUCUCCAAGUCGGUGAACCAGAGUCUCUUGUGCAGGACCGACUGAGCACGACUAUGGGCCCAGGGAGACUGCGGGCGUUCUUCCAGAAUGUGAUCCGCCCUUCGGUUGAAAUCAAUGCACGUCGACCAAACUCGAAGGUGUUCCGAGGCGACAAAGAGUCUGGGAAACUGUUGUCGCUGCGAAUGGCCCAUCAAAAGCUGUCCCAAGUCCUUGACGACAUUGACACAUAUAUCGAAAAGAACAACAACGAGAAGCAAAAGCAGCUCAUGGAGCUACACCAACGCAAUGUCGAGACGGUCCGGAACGUCACCCGAGCCGCCGUGGUCGCUGAAUACGAAAAGUCCAACGCCGUGGCAGAGCACAAAAUCCUCCUCCAAGAUAUCGCCAAACGUCAUCUGCAAGUAAAGGCCCUCCACAAAAAAGUCGCAGAGCUGUCCGAUGUAUUGGCGCAGCGGGAUGACAAAAUCAAUUGGCUUGAAGGAUGCAGUCGAUCUGCCAGGCUAACAAAACGAAGCACAAAUCUUGCCACCGACUCGGAGGGCAUCUCUGGAUUUUCUCUGUUGUCUCCAAGUGACCGGGCCGAGCUUGAACCGUCUGAUCAUGAGGACUCCGAAUCGCUUCACGCUGGUGCUGCAGCUGAGCUGAGCCCAAAUGAGCCUCAUAUCGAGGGCGAGUCUCAGCCCCCAUACAUCGAGGACACGAGCGGGCAAGAAUGUGAAGUGCUGCAGACCUUGUCUGGAGCGCAAGCUGUCGAUCCUGAAGCUAUUUUAGCAUCUGGUCGAUUUUCGGCUUUGAGCAACGGAACAUGGGAGGAGUGGUGCAAAAACACCGACUUUACCAAGCCCAAGUGGAAUGCAUCGACUACGGUCCCAAAGAGCCUUGUAUUCGCUCCGACCAUCCUUGUCUCUGAUCCUCCCACAGCCGAGGAGUCACAGGGUCCGUUCUCAGUCGCUCUAUUAUCGUCAUUGGCCGCAAUCGCAUUCAACCCGGCACUCCGCAGUCCAUCGCCAGAGCACAUCAUCGCAAGAAGCCAUGCAACGAAGGUGCCCAGCUGCACGCAAAGUGUCGUCAGGACAUUCACCGGCUCCGCAGCAUGCUUUUGUCGAAGGAAAAAAUGGAACAACGGCGAGCAACUGCAUCAACGCGAUGACGCCUGUUUGACCGCCAUUUUCUCCAGCGAGUCCAUUCCGGCCAGGAAGAACGCAGUUCUGAACACCCUCUACGAUUGUCUGAGUGACAUUCAGGCACAAAAGUGCGAAAUGCCCUUGGACGAUGAGCUCGUCGGGCCCGAGGACAGAGAUGAGUGGCUGAAGCGGAUCUCUGCCCGUGAGAACUUGAUCAACAACAUCAUUGCCUUUGCCAGUGGCGUCACCGGCGACGGAGAAGGGCCCAUCACGAUGCCCAGUGUCGGUAGCCCACAGAUGCCGAGGAGCCAGCGGUCUUUGGACUCGAGCAAAGACGGCAACACCGAAUCGAUUGCUGGCGAGGCUCUCAGCCCAACCACCGAGACCCCCCGGCGUGUCUCCGACUACGGCGUCCAUCAUCCAAGACCAUCCACAUCGCUAGGGUUGAGCAGCAAGUUCGGAUCGCACGACUCUGGCCUGCACAGUGCCCGAUGGACGCCUCGACCUUCGGAGAACCAGCUCUCCUUGCCGCACCGGACGGACAGUAACAUGCACAGAGGAGAAAAGGCAGGAAUGGACCCGAGCGAGGGCAAGAGACACGGCGCAGACCCAUGCCAUCCAAAAUCAGACCAAGACUCUGGUCUGGAGGAUGUACUGCCAGCCCCUCCGCGUGAACAAGUUCACAGCGCAUUCGGAGAUGUGAGGUCGUGGGUGAAUCGCUCCAAGCGACUGCGUCCGCAGAGCGCACCCGCCUCCAAACAUGCCCUCCCGCUGAUGGACAUCCAAAGGGUGUCCAAAGCAGCCGGCACGCCUGGAGAAGCCCACCCGCGACCGCACCUACGAGCCGAUGGCAUCGCGCACCUGAAGGACAUAGGGCCCAUGCUCCUGGGAAGCACCGUCGAGAUCCACCACAAGACUGGCAAGGGCCCCAAGCCCGAAAGGAAGACGCGGCCAAAAUCGGCACCAGCAUCGGGGCGUUGAGCAACUUGUUUCUGCGCGGAUGCGCCGCCUGGCAGCGGCGGCGCGAAUAGCAGCGGCUCCUCCGGUGGCAAAGCAGGCUCAUCGACCUCCACGGAG